CGACGUCACGGGGAGCCCGGGCUGAGGGGAGAGAGAGGCAGAGGGUAGUAGGGAGGGGAGUCACCGGGGAGGGGGACACUGGCGUCUUUGUACCCAGGAUCCGGGACACCACAGGGCAGGACUGAACGUCGGCAGCAGGAUGAUGACAGACGCAAGUGACAUGUUAGCCGCGGCCUUGGAGCAGAUGGAUGGCAUUAUAGCUGGCUCCAAGGCUCUGGAGUACUCGAAUGGCCUGUUUGAUUGUCAGUCCCCGACUUCCCCCUUCAUGGGCAGCUUACGAGUCCUACAUCUUAUUGAGGACCUUCGGGGGAUGCUGGAGAUGAUGGACACUGACGAGAGAGACGGGCUGAGAUGCCAGGUGCCCGACUCCACAGCAGAAGUCCUGGCUGAGUGGCUGCAGAGUCAGUUGGUGGUUAAUGGGCACAUUACAGGCACAAGUGACAUCUACCAAGAGCGGCUGUCUCGUCUGGAGAAUGACAAGGAGUCUCUAGUACUACAGGUGAGUGUCCUGACUGACCAGGUGGAGGCACAAGGGGAGAAAAUCCGGGACCUUGAAUUCUGCCUGGAAGAACACAGAGAAAAGCUGAAUUCCACAGAGGAGAUGUUGCAGCAGGAACUGUUAAGCAGGACGUCAUUAGAAACUCAGAAGCUGGACUUAAUGGCGGAGAUUUCCACUCUGAAACUGAAACUGACAGCAGUGGAAAAAGACAGGAGUGACUAUGAGGAGCGACACAAAGACACGGAGUCUCUACAUAAGAUUAUUGCAGAAUUAAGGCAGCAGAUGGAGAAAUUGGAGGUGGAGCUGGCGUUAUUUCAAGAAAAGAGGUUACAGUAUGGUGAUCAAGAGGGUUUGGUGCAAGAGAUGAAUGAACUGCGACUACGGGUGGUGGAAAUGGAGAAUGAGCGCACACUAUAUGAAAAGAAAUUGAAGUCCACCAAGUCUUUAAUGGCCAAGCUUUCUAGUAUGAAAAUCAAAGUGGGUCAGAUGCACUAUGAAAAGCAACGAGUGGAACACAAAUGUGAAACGUUAAAGGAUGAACUCGACAUGUUAAAGGACGAAUUGGAGCAGAAAGAAGCGGACAUUAAGAAACUGCAAGAGAAUGUUGACUUUCCCCUGGUGACAGAAAGUAAAGGGACCACUGACAGGGAUGAAUCUCUCAAAAAGACCCUGAAGGAGAAAAACACAGAAGUGCAGAAAAUGAAGAAGGCCGUGGAGUCACUAAUGGCUGUCAACGAGGAGAAGGACAGGAAGAUCGAGGAGUUGAGGCAGUCGCUGAACAGGUACAAGAAGGUGCAGGAUAUGGUGGUUAUGGCGCAUGGUAAGAAAGGUAAAGAUGUGGAAAGCGAUGACUCUGUGAUAUCCGGGUCAAAUUCUCUCAUGUUUGACUACAAUGCGUUAAGUGAUGCUGAUAAAUCUCCCUCCCCACUGCCGUUAUCACUCUCCCCCAGCCCAGAGGAGGUCACUGCAACCGCAAAGUCCACACUGGAGAUGCACACCAGUAUUCUUCAAGUCACUAUCCCCUCAUUCUCCUCCAUGGCAACUUCUCAGAAACAGAGUGAAGUGUCAAACAUUUCUGCAAAAGAAGAGACCACAUCACUGGAAACGAGUGAAGAGAAGACAAGUAGCUUAUCUACAGAGGUCAAAGCAGAAGACACAAUAUUGUCUCCUGUGAAGAAGUCAAGCAGCUUAGACAACUUAAAGAAGUCUCCAGAGAGGAAACCAGCAUUCCCUGACUCUGCAAAGUUUGAGACUCUGCCGCCUAGACCCCCUGCACAUGGAGUAACUGGUGAAGAGGAGCCUUUUGGAACCCGCAAAACCAGAUCAUCGUUUGGCCGAGGGUUCUUCAAGCUAAAGAGCCCAAACAAGAAGACUGCAAGCACCCCAAAUCUAGAUCGCAGUCGAAGUGCGAGCGCCCCCACUUUAGCAGAGACUGAAAAGGGUUUAACAGACCAUCUGGACCUAGCGAUUUCCUCUUCUCGCUCCCCGGACGCAGGGAGCACUCACAGCUCGCCAUCUUCUCCUGACUCUAAGAAGAAGCCGCGUGGAAUUAAGAAAUUAUUCGGAAGGCUAAAGAGGAGUCAGUCUACCACCUUAAACCAAGAAGAAGAACUUCCUGAAGAAGAGUUUAAGAGGGGUGGAACUAGAUCCACCGCUGGGCCAAGGCUGGGCUGGUCUCGGGAUCUGGGUCAGGCUCACAGUGACCUGGACACCCCAUUUGCCAAGUGGACGAAGGAGCAGGUGUGUAACUGGCUGAGGGACCAGGGUCUGGGCAGCUACGUGAACAGCUGUAAGCAGUGGAUCGUGUCCGGGCAGACAUUGCUCCACGCGUCGCAGCAAGACCUGGAGAAGGAACUGGGCAUCAAACACCCGCUACACCGCAAGAAGCUCCAGCUGGCACUGCAGUCGUUGGGCUCUGAAGACGAUAGUAGUUAUGGCAAGCUGGAUUACAAGUGGGUCACAAGAUGGUUGGAUGAUAUUGGCCUUCCUCAGUACAAGACUCAGUUUGAUGAAGCAAAGAUUGACGGUCGGAUGCUCCAUUAUAUGACAGUGGAUGAUUUGCUGUCCCUGAAAGUUGUCAGUGUCCUGCACCAUCUCAGUAUAAAACGAGCCAUUCAGGUCUUGCGAAUCAACAGUUUUGAGCCCAGCUGUCUGCGCAGGAGACCCUCUGAAGAGGGUAAUGUUACCCCCUCUGAAGUGGCUCAGUGGACUAAUCAUCGGGUGAUGGAGUGGCUGCGAUCGGUUGACCUUGCAGAAUAUGCCCCUAACUUAAGGGGAAGUGGCUUUCAUGGCGGUCUUAUGGUCCUCGAGCCUCGGUUUAAUGUGGAGACCUUGGCUCAGCUUCUGAAUAUCCCACCAAACAAGACUCUGCUACGGCGGCACUUGGCCACUCAUUUCAAUCUACUGGUUGGUCAACAGGCACAGCAACAGAAGCAGGAGGCACUGUCCUCUCCGGAAUAUAUGCUGCUGACUGCAACGGCCAAGGUCAAGCCAAGGAAAUUGGCGUUUACCAAUUUUGGAACCUUACGUAAGAAGAAGCAAGAAGAGAAUGAAGAGUAUGUGUGUCCUAUGGAGCUUGGACAGUCAUCUGCAAACAGUAUCAUCAAGCCCUUCAGAGCCGGCCUGGACCUCAGGAUGUUAGAUGAUGAGGACCUAGAUAGACUAGAACAGAUGGAAGAUUCAGAAGGAACCGUGAGGCAGAUUGGGGCCUUUUCUGAGGGCAUCAACAACCUAACACACAUGCUGAAAGAAGACGACAUGUUCAAAGAUCACACGACCAGAUCCCCCAGUGCCAGUAUUACAGAUGAAGACUCCAAUGUGUGACGCGGACAGGCCGCCAUCUUUAAUAUUUUUAUGUCAUGUGUUUAAAAAAAAUAUUCUAUAAAUAUAUAAUUUUUUUUUGCAUCACUGUUUCUACGCUCAGUGUUCUGGAAGGGAGGAGAGAACGUGCCUUUUAAAGUGACAAUAAAAGUAACCGCCAGUCAUUUGUUGAUGUUUCGGAGCAUGUAUCCGCGCAAUGAAGGCUGCCAUGUUUGAUGCUUCCCAUUUAUGUAGGAACCAUUAACUUGACUGAGGCAGGAGGUUCUUUAUGUUUCAUUGAGUGUAUGGAGUAAGGGAGGAAUUGCUUCAGGUGCCAACGUGGCCGCCGUCAGCACGUGGACACUUUAAACUGUUUGUAAUUAUCAUAUUUUCGUACUCAAUGGCUCCACAACAAGAUGUCUACCUUUUCAGUGAAGCUAUGGUGAAGUCUUAAAUUCUUUUUAGUAAAACAUUUACUUUUGGGCCACUUGACUUUUCUAGCACCAAUUCAUAAUUUCAUACAUUUUCAGAACCUUAACGCCAUUGUGGACUUCCAAAGUUCUUGGCCCGAGAUGGAACACUGAAACACGUUAAAGUAUAGACUCAAAUAUCUCCCCCAUUCUCCUUCAUAUUGGCCUGGUGACCAUCAUUUGUGCAACAACGGCCUCUACUGGAUACAGAGGGUAGUACAACAAAAAAAGCUAAAUUAAACAUGAAGCGCUACAGUAGGUCUUGUGGUGGAGCCAUCAUUAUAGGGGUUUAGUAAAGUUUUCCAAAAACAGCACCACUCUUGGCAUGUGGCUGUGUCUGGUAUUGCAGACUUAACACAGCCACAAGGAGAUGAGGAACAAAAUAUCAGAAAAGAAGGGUCUGGCUUUUAUACUAAGGAACAGUGCCACUCCUGUUCACGGGACGGUAUUGCAGUGCCGCUCUAUUAUGGCACUGAGCUGCAACAUGCUCCUUGGUUUUAAGGGAGAAAACAGGAAAGAGGUGAUCAUCGUCGGCGGGACAACACUGAAGAUUUGAAUGCUCCACCCCACUGUUGGAUUCUUUUGAUAUUCAUGAUUUAUCUCAUUGUUACUUUUUAUAAAAAAAAAUUAUAAUAA